UCUCUUUCUCUCUUUAUCCCUCCUGUCACGUGCACCUGUCUUCGUUUACCUGAUGAACGCCCCGCCUUAGCCAAUAGAGGUACAGCGGGUCUGGUGACGUCAGUCACGCGUACCAGGAGGGCCUAGGUAGAGGGGACGAGAUCACCCACCACCACCUUUGGAGGCCACGAGAACCCCACGGGGGCCAGCGGCUAACAGCAGCCAGCGGCAGCGGUCUGGCAGGCCGUUUGCCGCGGGGUGGGGGCAGGAAGAGGGGUACUCUGGCCAGGUCGCAGAAACAACGCAGGAGUAACCCACCAAAACCCAUCCUGUAUUUCCCACCACCGGCUCGUCCGGAAAACGUGCGCCAGCUUCCGGACGGCGUUUCGUCCGAGUUCAGUCAAGUGAGUCGACUCGUACAUACCUUCUCUCCGACACGAAAACCGAUCCCAAAGGGGUUAUAGGUACUGUCCGAGUGACGAGAAGGGUUUUAAAGGGCUCUCUCUUUCUCGCGGUUAGGUCGAUUCUCGCGCGCGACAUUCGGGAUGACUGUAGAAUGUAGAAAGGAUCGAUUCGACCGAUCUCUCGGGAAGCUGUAACCUGUCGCGCGCGUUCAUCAGGGUUCUCCCCGGGUUCGAACCGUUCCGUUCCGUCGGUCCCGCGCAUUGUGAUUAGCGACAACGACUGCAUCGGUGGUAAAAGAAAAAAAAAAAGAGUGCGUGCACUCGGGAGGGGUGUGUGAUGCCCUGGUUAUGGUUAACCGUGAGUGAGGUCAGUGGCGAGAGGCGGAAUCGAAGAGGAAGAAUCAUCGAUCGCGGAACGUCACCUAAGUCGUCGUCGUCGUCGUCGUUCUGCCAGCCGUUUGGCAGACGGCGAGAAUAGUGACCGCGCAAGGUCGACCUCGAGGCAGAGGCACGCGAUUAUGGUGCACUAUCAUCAUCGUCGUCGCGGCCUCCAGGCGAGCCACCACUGCGCCACCAGGAGACGCACGUGCGCCUCGUUCUUCCACGCGUUCCUGCUCAUCUUCGGCAUCUGGCAGCCCGUUCUCGAGAACAACGGCUUCGUCGUGGCGUGCGGACCUGGCAGAGGUGGCGGCCGACGGCCGGGCAUCAGGAAGCUCACUCCCCUGGUAUUUAAGCAGCAUGUGCCCAACGUCAGCGAGAACACCCUACCGGCGAGCGGACUCAGCGAGGGACGGAUGAUUAGGGACGAUUCCAGAUUUAACACUCUCGUGCCCAACUACAACGUGGACAUAGUCUUUAAGGACGAGGAGGGUAGCGGCGCGGAUCGUUUCAUGACUCAGAGGUGCAAGGAGAGGCUCAACACUCUGGCGAUCUCGGUGAUGAACCAGUGGCCGGGAGUGAAGCUGAGAGUGACAGAGGCCUGGGAUGAAGAGAUGAAACACGCGACCGAUUCUCUGCACUACGAGGGACGAGCUGUCGAUGUGACGACAAGUGAUCGAGAUCGCUCCAAGUACGGGAUGUUGGCGAGACUCGCCGUCGAGGCUGGUUUCGAUUGGGUCUAUUACGAGUCCAGAUCCCACAUUCAUUGCUCCGUCAAAUCCGAAUCGUCUUCAAGGGGCAAGUCUGGUGGUUGCUUCCCCGGAAAGAGUCUGGUCAGAACGGAAGACGGUGUCAUAAAGAGGCUGGACGAGGUGCAUCUGGGCGAGCGCAUCGCCGCCUUGGACUCCCGUGGAGACGUCGUGUACAGCGAGGUGAUCGCCUUCCUGGAUCGCGCCCCGUCCGAGAGGCGGCAAUUUAUCCGUCUGACAACAGCCUCCGGCCGAGUGCUGACGUUGACGCCGGCGCACCUGGUACCGGUGGAGAAACGUUCGUCGAUAUUCGCCGCCAGGGUGCAACCUGGCGACAGGAUCCUCGUGAGCGACACCGCCGCGAAUAAUCACACGGACAGCCGCCUACGUUGGGACAACGUCGUCGAGGCGAAGCUGGUGCUCGAGGAGGGUGUAUUCGCGCCCCUGACGACGGAGGGUACGGUCAUCGUGGACGACGUCGUGGCGUCCUGCUACGCCGUCGUCGACAGCCAGUUGAUAGCGCAUUACGCCUUCCUGCCGCUGAGGAUUUGGAACACCAUCGCGUCCUUCUUCGUCCAAAGGUUGGACAGCGCGCCGCAUGUCAGAGGAGAGACCGAGGACUCUCAACCGGCGAAGGAGGGUGGUGUCCAUUGGUACGCGUCGAUGCUCUAUUCGAUGUCCACCUACAUUUUAUCGCCGAAGAUGCUCUACAACUGAAAUCUCGCAGACAUCGACAGAUCCUCGAGUGGGAUCAUCGAGGAGAUCAGGUGCUUGACGCAAGUGAUGUAAAGACUUUUUCACAUUGGCGCUCCUCUUCAACUUUGCUCAUUUCGUCCAAGUGUUGUGGAGGUUCUUUCGAGCAUCUUUCUUUCCGACAGAUCGUCAAAGACAGUAAUGUGUAACUAUGGCGAUUGCAUCGCCAUUCGAACGUGUGUAUCUAAUACGCAAGAAUAUAAAAGACGUCGUUCUAAACGAGAGAGUUGGCCAGUGAGACCUAUCCGUGUUCACCGAAUGAUCAUGUGUAGUAUAUUAGAUCCAUAUAGGACGAUAAAUAAAAAAGGAAUUGAUAGAAAAACGAAGCUUUAAAGAGAAUCGGAGCUUUUUUUCUUUAAUAUAAUAUCUCUUCUGUUCCUUAUAUACGAAAGCGUUCGCGAAUCGUGUGUAUUAUCUUGUUCGGUAAAUUUAGGUAUGAAGUUAUCUAAGAAAGUUACAUCGUGAAAAGUAUGUAAAAUAAUAGAUCACUGACUCUUCUAUCAUAAUGUUAUCCCAAUCUUUAAUGUAUGUGUAUGCAGCAAAUAUAUAUAUAUAUAUAUAUAUAU